AGGACCCUGGUCUUGAAUGCUAUGGCUACUCCUUUCGGAGCGGGGCUUUUCAUGGACGAUAGUAUCAGUAGUAUGGAUAGCUUCUAUUAUCGAAGAUACGUUACUAUCCCGAAAUAUUUUGAUCCUAAUUUGGUUUUCAUCGGCUUUGGCGACGAACCUCUGAAGUUAUGCCAACGAUUAAUGGAUGCUGUGGUAAAUUCACCGCAUUUUUUGACUGUAAGACCUUCUAUUAGUAUUUUGAGCAUGAUUCCUUCGGUUAUGGAAGAACUACCUGCCACUAUGAAAGGACUACAACUCGUGGCCUUCGGCAAAAAAUACAACUGGAAAGAAGACGAACUGGAAGGUGUCUUCUAUGUUACGAAUUACAACUCGUUGCGGCUAAACGGUCUCAAAAAACAAAAAGAAAUUGCAGUGGAGGACUUUUUAGAGCACAGAAACAUUCCUAGAAGCAAAUUAAAUGGGGUAAUUUUUCAGGAGAAGGAGCCGUUGUGGUUGAGCCCAAUUCGGUCAGCUGAAGUGUUCAACUUCAAGAAGCGACUGGCUGAUGUUUUACGCGUCAAAUCAGAUAAUAUUUUCUGGGUGGAAAAUCAACAAGGAAUUGGACAUCUUCUUUCUACAUCAAUGAGCCGUAUUUAUCGUUGGCGAGAAGACAAAGAAAGUGAGGUGGGUUUAAUAUUUUAACAAUCUCUAUAAUCGGGUUAUAAUUCUCAUCAAAAACAUCGCAUUCAUUCAAGCAACAACAGUAACUUUAUUAUAUUAAAAUUAUUAAGCGUAUUGUUUUCAGUCGAACCCCGUUUUAUUCGCAUUGUUUUUAAUUUUAUCCUAACUAAACGUUCAGAGGAAGGAAGAACUAUUUUAAUUCGUGAGGAUAUGUUUACUUUUAUUUUACAUAAUGCCCUGGUAGCACUGUACAAUCCUAGCAACAUGAGGCUUGAAAUUAACAUAGGAUUUAUAUUAGGGGUUAUAUUGAGGUCUCAGCGGGGGAGGGCUGGGGAUAUAGUUCGUGUGAAUUUUUUCCCCAGCUUACCAUUUUGAUAGAAUUUUUUCGUAUUUCUCCAGUGUCAAUGUUAGACAACACUAUUUAACAAUGCAAAUCAAAAUAUUUUUAUUACAGUGUGACUACUAUAACCGGGGCCACCUAGACAAAAUCAACCAAUUGGAUGACAGAAAAAAAACAAUACAUACUGAGAAAGUUAGUUGUCAAUCAUAAUAAAUACCACAAAAUGAGAUCAACAACAUGGAUCGAAAUGUUGACUGGUCGUUUCGCCUACGAGUUGUUUCACCGACGUCCCUUUUGCUAAUGUCUUAUGUUGUUCCGCUAAGAAGUGGAAUGAGGACUGGCUGCACAUGUAUAUGCUUCGUUCUCUCAGCCAUUGAUCAGGUGAAAGCACCUGGGGGGGGGGGGGGGUACAACCAAUUGGUGGCUUGUUGGUGGGGUUGUUCGCUCUAUCGUUUUUUUCCCGUCUUUCUUUUUUUUUAUUUUUUUGGUGUGCGGGGGAAAGGAGGGGAAGGGGGGGUGGUUGCCAUUGUUUUUGUUCCUUUUUCCGGGGCUUGGAGGGGGGGGGGGGGGGGGGGGGGGGGGGGGGGACUCCGCAUAUGAAAGGGGUGGGAUGCUCAUCAGGAAUUUUGAGUUAAACCCCUAAAGGAGACCAAUCUGGGCGUGGCCCAACCUUUUUUUGACCUCUAAAAGCAAUUCUUUUAAUCUUUGAUUACGUGAAUGGAGUGAAUAAAACAAAUUGAAAAUAUAUAAUUUUUUAAUAUUUCUUCCCAGAACACCCUAAGCAAGACCAAAAUCUGAAAUUUGCACCCUAAGCUAGAUGAUAAGCAUCCCCACCCCUUUCAUAUACAGAGUCCCCUCCCCCUGCCAGCCAUCAAAAUCAACCAACAAUCUGUGGCAGGGAAGUGCAACCCCUGGCUGCACUUUACCCCACAGUAAAGCUUAGCCCUUGGAGACAGGUCCGGGAAAAUAUCCACUCCAGGGUGUGGACCCCCGGUCCCACCUGAUCUGUACUCCUCCCAGGAGGGCCACCCCUCCUGGUUCCCCUUAGUUCCUAGCGACUGGGGGAUAUGGGCCUCACCCCCGGAGACUGAUCAAGACUCCUGUCCAGGGUGGCUACCCCCGGUAGCACUCGAUCUUGUCUCCCCCCAGGAGGGCUUCUCUCCUAGUCCCCUUACCUCUAGAUUUAAGUGCUUCCCUGCCACCAGAAUUUUGCCCAUUAUCUCAGUUUUGUGUCUUUUCUGUGUGGUACCCAACAUAGAGCCUUAAUGCCAAAAUGCUGCCAAUUGGAAGGGUUUAUUAACUAGCAUUUACAUUUUUCGUCUCGUAACCACUCUAACAGACCUCUCAAGAAAUAUACUUUUUCUUCAGCGGGUUCAAAAGGUCACGUACAAGGUCACGUCUGUAGGUUGUAAUUAUUACAACAACAACCGUGUUCAUAUAACACAAUAAACAUUUUUUAUUUACAGUUUUUAUAGCUUUACAGUAUACUGACAUUUAGCCCUGCCCAGUGAGUACUUUUGUCAUUUAGUUAAUGGCCACUGUUAAAUGGACUUCAAGUUACAACAUUUGUAAAAUGUUUGACUUUUAUUGAAUAGAAAAGCUUGUAUAUAAAAUAGCUGCUCGAUGCCUGCAAUAUUUGUAGUAGAAGCUACAACCCCGGACAAAACCUGUUGAGACAAAUCGCGAAAAUGCCUAUUUUUUCCUGUCAUCGCGGCAAAACCUGAAACCUCUGCCAAAUGAAUGCCUGAUUUCCCCCCUCCCCUUAUCCAAAGUUGUUUAGGAUAGCUUGGCAAUUAUACACGUUAGUUUUUAGACCAAGACAUCUUUGAAUAGGGGGUGGGGAGGGGGUUUACUUUUUGUGAUUAGGGGAGACAGGAGUAGGGCGCAAAAGUUAGAAAACAGAUGGAAUUGUCUCAAUAGCUUUGUAAACAUAAUUCCCAGCUCCUGUUAAUUAAAUGGCAAAAUUGAAGUUUUAAUUCUUGGUGUUUGUCUGAAAAUCUUUUUUUUUUUUUAGCAAAAAAGUGGUCAAAAAUUAGGGUGUGUAUUACACAGGGGUGUGCAUUUUACACGGGUUAAUAUGGUAUACUGUUUCCACGGUAUAAUUAUUAUUUUUUUGUGACUUAUUAGGAGAAUGAAAGAAUGGUGCGAGGCAAGAUAAAACCUGGGACUAAUGAAGAAAAACAAAAAGAACUCCUUGAACCAACAACAAUGCUUUUUGGUGAACUAGCAGAAAAGAAUGGGUAAUGUAAACUUGUCUUUUUCAUACUGAACUUUAAAAAUACAAGUGAAUGAAACAGUGCACCAUAUAACCAAAUUUCAUUCUAAACAUUUUUCUACAUUUUUAUUGCCUAGGGGGUUGUGUUGGAGUAGUGAAAUUAGAAGAAUGCCUUCAACAGAGUGAAUGAUAAAGCCUUUUAAGGCUCCAACAUCUGAGUCUCUGAACACGAAUUAUACUACAUAAUACAUGUAAUAGCUUAAUCUACAGGGUGUCCGAAAAGUUUGUUCCUCUUCAAUAUUUCAUGCGCCAUAACUUUUGAUUGAAACUACACUUCUACAUGGCAUUUCUUAAAGAUGUUUUUUGCUUUAUUGAGUACAUGCAUGUAUUCAGAAAGUCAAUAUCUGGCAUGUCCUAGCUCCUUUGUUUGUUAUCACAUUCUGUAGCCAUUGUGGCAUGGAGUGGGGUAAGUCAUGUAGUGUGGAGAGCGGGAUUUUCUUCCAGGCUUGUUUGAGCCAUCUUUUCGAAUCCUUCAUGGUCUUAAGAGUUGGUUUUUUAUUGACAACUUCAUCCAUUGUGCUCCAAAGAUUCUCCACAGGGUUGAAAUCUGGGGAAUUUGGGGGCCAGCUUGUUUUCUCUGUAAAAUUUGGCAAGUUUUUUUGCACCAUGCUUGGUUUGCCUUGGCUACGUGUGCUGGGGCCCCGUCUUCGACAAACGUCAUAUGGCGAUUAGCACUGAACAAUUUUCGCUUGUCUGUUGUUUCAUUCACUUCUUUCUCUAACAUGUUGAUGUAGUAUUCGGCAGUCAAAGGUUGUCCUUGGGUUAAAAAAUGUAUCCCAUUGAGACCAUGGCCUGUCAUUCUACCCCAUAUGAUCCAUUUUGAGCUUUUUUAACUUGAUAUGCUGGAGGAACUUGGCUCUUCAGUGAACCCCAAACUGUAUCAUUUUUGGGAUUGGGCAGCUGAAACAAAUAUUUAGGACAUUCGUCCAAAAAAGGAAAAUCAUCUCAUUCUUCUGCAGUGAGGUUUUUGUACUGCUUAGCAAAUUUCAGUUGAGCUGCACAUUGCUUCGCUGCGAGCAGAGCUGGUUUCUUUUGCCAUCUCAGUGGUCUCCAACCUUCACUUUUCAUAAACCUCCAGAUGGUGUAUUUUUCCCCAACAUGGCCUUCGCUUGCUAAUGUUGUGAGAGCUGCCUGGUCAAGUUUCCCCUUUUAUAUUUUUUGGCUUUUUUCAAAAUUCUUUCAGCUGCCUCGUUAAGGAGUUUCAGUCUUCCUGUUCUUUUCUUGUCUUCAAAACCGUCAUUUCUUAAUGACCAUUUCACUACCCAACCUUCUGAUUUUUUCAGCUUUUCAGCAAUUUCCCAUUACUGAUAAGCCAGUAGAUCUAAGUAUGCCUGCUUGGGCUCUCAAGUAGCUGAGUUUUUUAGCAUUAACAGGGUUCAUCUUUCAUGAUAUAAAAUUACAAAAGCAAGGAGAGAUUGCGAGCAAUUCAGGGUCACACAAAAUACGAUAAAUAUUUGGCGGGAAAAUGCAAAACAUGAAUAUUCCAAUAAAAAGAUGGCACAACAAAUAUAUGACAUUUUAUUAGACCUGAAAUAGACAACUUUUGUUUUGUUAAAUGGUUUGUUACACGAGUACAAUCGUAAGUUACGUUCAGUACAGACCUAUAAAGUAGAGGAACGGACUUUUGGGACACCCUGUAUUCUUACAUUAAAAGUUUGAUCUAAAUUUACAGAAAAAAACAUGGGCUUGUUGUGACAAAUGUGUCAUUAUAAACAUUACCAGAAAAAAUUAAGGUUCCUUGUGAAACAGGUGUUCCCAGCUUUACAUAGUUUCACAUUGCAGCAGAAAAAAAAUAGCAUAAAGGAAAAUAAGGAAAUUCUUGUAGAAAGCAGAAGGGAGAUAGUGACAAUGUAUCAUGCCCUUACCCAUUGGGACAUUUAUUUUUACCAAUCAGUUUUCACAAUGAGAAAUUACAAAGGGGUUGUGUGAUUUAGAAUAAAUUUAAACUUGUUUUCAACAGAGUAAUAUUUUCAUCUUUGUUCAUCUUUCAGGAUUGUUCUUGCUGAAGGAGUCUGACAACUACUACAUAAAUUGUAUCUAUGUAGUACAUAAUUAUAUCAAUCCAGUGCUUGGAUUUGUUAUAUUAUUGUUGUGUUUAAAGACUUUUGAAAGGAUAUUUUUGAGAUAUUUUUUAUUUAAGUGUCAAUACAGUCAAACUAUUUUGCUUCUGAAGCCAUGUGAUAUUUUGACCUAUGUAAUUAUGUACUACAUAUAGUUUUUGAUUUAUCACAAAAAACAUAUUGUGGGGCACUGACUGCCAUUUACUAUUAUAAAUCACAGAGAUAUUGUAUUAGUUUAUUUUUGUUCACCAAUUUUUAGCAGUUAAAAGUGCCAAAAAAACAUGAAAAGAAACCAAAGUUUAACACAAUGAUUUAAUUUUAAAAAUUAAUUAAUUAAAUUUAAUUAAAAAUUAAAUUUAAUUAGUAAAGCGAUCAACAAGCCUGCCGAUCAGCCCUACAUGUAAUUAAUGUAU